ACACAAAGAUCUGUACAAGGACAUCAUGAUGGAGGAUCACCAGCCCUUCACAUCCCCAGCUUGUGAAUAUGGGUGAAGAUCUGAACAAUAUUAAUCCUACAGAGACACAUGUGAGGGAUGAUGAGCAGAGUAUAGAGGACAUUCCUACAGAUAACCACCCAGAUGACUGUACCAGGAACUUAGAGAAACAUCUUAUAUCUUCAGAUUUUGAAGUAUCCGAUCAUGGUAUCACACGAGAUACAUAUGAAGAACAUACAAAUAUUCAAGACAUAUCUUCAUCCAUUCACAGCAAAAAUGUAUCACUUGAUCCUUUCAAACAGGUCCAAUCUUCUGAUUCAUCACAGACUGUAGCACAAAAUGAAAGUCACAGAAGAGGUGUUAAACAUCAAACAGCUCCCAUAAAAAAGGAGCCAUUUUCAUGUUCAGAAUGUGCGAGAUGUUUUAACCAUAAAUCAGAUCUUAUUGUACAUCAGAGAAUUCACACAGGGGAGAUGCCAUUUUGUUGUUCAGAAUGUGGAAAAUGUUUUAAGCAUAAAUCGAACCUGGUGGUACAUCAGAGAAUUCACACAGGGGUGAAGCCAUAUUCAUGUUCAGAAUGUAGAAAAUGUUUUAAAUGUAAAUCAGAACUUGUCACACAUCAGAGAAUUCACACAGGGGAGAAGCCAUUUUCAUGUUCAGAAUGCAAGAAAUGUUUUUAUCAGAUAUCACAUCUUGUUAUCCAUCAGAGAAAUCACUCAGGGAAGAAGCCAUUUUCAUGUUCAGAAUGCGGUAAAUGUUUUAACCAGAAAUCAGAUCUUAUUAGUCAUCAGAGAAUUCAUACAGAGGUGAAGCCAUUUUCAUGUUCAGAAUGUGGGGAAUGUUUUAAGCAUAAAUCAGCUCUGGUUGUACAUCAGGGAAUUCACACAGGAGUGAAGCUAUUUUCAUGUUCAGAAUGUGGGAAAUGUUUUAAGCAUAACUCAGCUCUUCUUAGACAUGAGAUAAUUCACACAGAAGAGAAGCCAUUUUCAUGUUCAGAAUGUGGGAAAUGUUUUAAGAAGACAUCAGCUCUGGUUGUACAUCAGAGAAUUCACAUAGAGGUAAACCCAUUUUCAUGUUCAGAAUGUGGGAAAUGUUAUAAGCAUAAAUCAGCUCUUCUUAGACAUGAGAGAAUUCACACAGGAGAGAAGCCACUUUCAUGUUCACAAUUUAAAAACAACAACUAAAGUUUCCCAAUGGCGCCACCCAUCCUGUGAUCUGCAUGGGGGG